GCACGUGACGGGCCGAGGCGGCGAUGGCGACCUACGUGAGCGAGCUGGAGGCGGCCAAGAAGAGCCUGAGUGAGGCUCUGGGCGAGAAUGUGAAGCAGUACUGGGCCAACCUGAAGCUCUGGUUCAAGCAGAAGAUCAGCAAGGAGGAGUUUGACCUGGAAGCGCGCAGGCUUCUCACGCAAGACAAUGUCCAUUCUCACAAUGAUUUCCUCCUGGCUAUUCUCACCCGAUGCCAGAUCUUGGUUUCUGCCCCAGAAGGUGCUGGAUCUCUGCCAUGGCCAGGUGGCUCUGCAACUAAACCUGGAAAACCCAAAGGAAAGAAAAAGAUUUCUUCAGUUCGCCAAAAGUUUGAUCACCGGUUCCAGCCUCAGAACCCACUGUCAGGAGCCCAGCAGUUUGUGGCAAAGGAUCCUCAGGAGGAUGAUGAUUUGAAGCUGUGCUCUCACACCAUGAUGCUCCCCACACGUGGCCAGCUGGAAGGAAGGAUGAUUGUCACUGCCUAUGAGCACGGGCUGGACAAUGUCACCGAGGAGGCAGUGACAGCUGUUGUGUAUGCUGUGGAGAACCACCUUAAGGACAUUCUGACCUCUGUGAUAUCCAGGAGGAAAGCCUAUCGUCUGAGGGAUGGCCAUUUCAAGUAUGCCUUUGGAAGCAAUGUCAACCCUCAGCCAUAUCUGAAGAACAGUGUUGUUGCUUAUAACAACUUAAUUGAGUGCCCCCCGAGCAGCACCACGCCCUCAGCAGGUCAGAGCCUGGCCCCCCCACCCGCUCCUGAUGAUGCUGAGCAGCAGGCAGCCCUGCUCCUGGCCUGCUCUGGGGACACCCUGCCAGCAUCCCUGCCUCCAGUCAACAUGUACGACCUCUUUGAGGCACUGCAGGUGCACAAAGAAGUGAUCCCUGCACACACAGUCUAUGCUCUAAACAUUGAGAGGAUUGUCAUGAAGCUCUGGCACCCCAACCACGAGGAGCUGCAGCAGGACAAGAUCCACCGGCAGCGCCUGGCCGUGAAGGAGGGGCUCCUGCUCUGCUAGAGCUGGGCAGCCCUGCCAGCCCUCAGGUGGCUCCAGCCUGCUCCUGGGACUUGGCAUUCAGGUGCUCCUUACAAACCUGUGUCAGCAUCUCCAGGAUGAUGUGAUUUAUGAGUCAGCUUUUCCUAUGGAAAUGGGACUGAGUUGUGGGACACUUCUCUGCUUCCCCAGAGUCAUGUGCCGUGGAGGACUUGCAGCAAUGCCACUCAAUUGGGAAAGAGAAAUGAGACAUAUUUGCAAGGACUGUUUUUAGGAAAAAUAAAUGUGAGAGUGGAAAGAGUUGGUUUUAAAUAAGGUGUGCUCUUGUUUUCUUUUGUGAGCAUGGAGAAUCUGCCUCCUUGCCCUCACCUCUCAGAUAGUUUCCCUCCUGAGCUCAGAAUCCAGAGGUCUUGUCCAGCUUCUGUUGCAGUUAGUGGGAUCCUUUUCAUCAACUGGUUAUGAGGUGGGCUCUUGUGCAGAUGAGCAAUUCUGUAAGCUGAUGUUGUUCCUCUCCUACCAAGGGAACUUCUGCUUCGAAACUGUGACAAAACAAAACUAUGACAAAAGGGAAUUGUCUUGGUGUUGAAGACUCCUUGGAUUUGCAGCAUGAACAAAUCUCUCCUUUUGCUUCCUUGUAAAAAUAUGCAGGCUUGUAUUACUUCAUUAUGACAUUAUGCAGCCACACCUCCUCACAUGGGAGAUGUGCAGAUCACUGUGUAAAAGGAGAAAUCCCACCUUGUGGGUUUUAGGUGCUCUGCUGUAUUCCUGAGUCAGCUCUGGGAACUAGCUUAUUAUGACAAGAGAAUUCCAUUAAAGUGUCCUAAUUACUA